CUCUCCCACAGAUUAACCACAUAGUGCCAGUCGGCAGCUGCACAGCCGCAGUCAGGGUUUAAUGAUUAAGCGUUUACUCCCCUCACAGCUCCCCACGCAUUCUGGCUUGUUGCCUUGUUUGAAACCUGUAGUGAGUCAACUGAGAGACUGGGCCUGGUGGACACCGCUGCCAUAUUACUGCUUUUAUCAACUAUCCAGUUCCUCUGAAAGCAGCUACUUAACCCUCUGCAUGGCCACAAAGCUGCAGACAAACAGAGAAGCAUGAGAAACUGGAGCGUAAUAUUCAAGGGGCAAGAACACAGAGGUGAAGACGGGUCUUCUCACAACAAGACCCCCACCACUCCAGCAGUGCCUAUGUGGGUCACUCACACACCUCCGCCUAACCAUGUGAAGGACGACAGUGAUGAAGACAGCAUGUCCAUGAGCCACACAUCCAGCUCUCCAUGUGAUGCUGAAAACAGCAAAAGGAGCAUUAAGUCCAAACUUAGAUCCAUCAUUCCUAAAUCGUUGGGUGGGAUCAUAAAUAAGCGUGCAGGAGAGAGUGAUUCUGAAACCACCAGAACUGGAAUCCAGAUUCUUCCCAAUGGGACCAGGGUGAGUCCCCCGGUAAGUCCCUUCCUGGAGCGCAGGAACUGGGAUGAGUCGUCAGGGAAUUCCACCAAAGACUCAAAGAAGUCUUUGCUCAGACAAACCACCCCAGAGUGUUUCUGUCAGAGCCUACAGGAAGAGUCUCUGCUGACCAGCAUCCACCCUGCAGAGUACUACGCCGCCAAGGUGGAGGUCUAUCAGCAGAAGUACUCCUAUUUGAAAUCAUGGCCGGGUUUGCUCAGGCUGCUGGCUGGGCUCCAGCUCCUGUUUGGUGGCAUGGUGUCUGCAUGCGUCGUUGCUUACAUACAAAAAGACAGUGAGUGGUUCAACACCUAUGGGCUCUACAGUGGAAUAAACAACAAUGGGCUCGGACUGUCUGGGUACAGCUACACAGGGCCUAUGACUGCCUUCGUUUUAUCUGUAGCUGGAAUCUCCUGGAUGAUUACUCUGAGUUUGCUAGUGACAGGAAUGACCAUGUAUUAUCGAACCAUCCUCCUGGACUCCUCCUGGUGGCCCCUGACAGAGGCCUUCAUCAACCUGGCUCUGUUCCUGCUUUACAUGGCCGCAGGGAUUGUAUACAUCAAUGACUUGAAUCGAGGGGGGCUGUGCCACAUGACGAUUGGGGUUAACCCCAUCAUGGCCAAUCUGUGUCGAGUUGACGGUGGCCAGAUGGCGGGAACGGCGUUCAUCUUUAUCAAUAUGAUCAUGUACCUGGGAAGCUUCCUGGUUUGUCUGAAGAUGUGGAGACAUGAGGCUGUUCGGAAGGUCAGGCACAACGCUGACCAAAAGGGUGAGUUUAACCAGUCCAUUUCCCUAAACACACAAAGAACAAAACAGAUAUCGUUUAGGGAUGAGCCCAAUAAACCUUUGAAUAAAGACAGUAACUGCCAACCUGAACUGCCCGCUAAUGUCCAGAAAUCAAGUGUCAGCCCAAACAGAGCUACUGUGUCCAAUCAUACACCCAAAGUACAUGUCAUCGCAGAUUACAUAAUUAAGUAUCCAGAGAUCAGAUCUGAAGAGGAACGGGAAAAGUACAAGGCUGUUUUCAAUGACCAGUACCUGGAGUACAAGGACCUUCACAGAAACAUCAUUACAACCCUCAAUAAGUUCAGAGAGCUGGAUACUAUGGUGAAUCAACUUCCCAGAAAAGGGAAGAGCUGGGAGGAUCAACAGAGGAUUCAAAAUAUUUUAAAAAUAUAUCAAGACAAAAAAAACGAUCCUGCUUUUCUGGAGAAGAAGGAACGCUGUGAUUACCUAAAAGCUAAAUUACGGCACAUUAAAAACAGAAUCCUAGAUUAUGACCAGGAGACCGCAGAAAAUCAUUGGACAUGACUGGGACUACCAAAUGUUGUAAUUUAAUAUGUUGUUUGGCAUCUUAUUGUUGUGUACACUAGAUAUGUUAUGCAAAAAAUUUUUCACUCCAAAGAACAUGAUAUUUCCCCUUAUGAACACCUUCAGAUCUCCAGUUCAUGUGGCCUAGGAGAUACUAAAAGCUGAGGUACAUCAAUGAAAGUAGUUUUUAUUUAAUUUAAUUUUUUUACAUUAUUUCUCUUUCAACAGAUUUGGAUGUUUCCAAUGUUGUCUUUGUUGUUUGUGCUUUUUUUAUGUGCAGCCUGUGUCAGCUUCUUUCCAUUCUUGAAGAUUUGUAUAUUUUCCUAAGCAAAGUAUCAGUCUUUAAACCUGCCACCAGAUCAAAUGGUUUAACAUAAAGUACCACAGUUAAGCUGAAAACCAGAUACAUCUUGGCAUUGAGCCUGCUGAAAUGUAAUGAAGAAAUGUUCAUUACAUUUCUUCAGAUGAGAUCUGUUUACCAUCAACUUCUCAUUAAGCCCAUAUUUCUGUAUUAAAUAUGUUUUUCUUAUUGGUCUGAUGUAAUAUUCUAAUUUUA